CGGUAGCUUUGUUACUACAACCUAUUACUGUACAACAGAGACCUUAUAUUAUUAACUCUAUUUCCUGGAUGAUUAUUUGCCAUAAUUUUUUCAAGCAUUAGAGAGGAAUGAACAAUCACACUAGAACCAAGGACUCCAAAAGGAAUUAUUGGGUUUCUGCCGGCAGGUGGGAGAUUCAAGUUCAAUCCACAAAGAUUCUCAAGGAUUGGGUUCCUCACUUGUUCCUCUGUAGGAGCAACAACUUGUUUGGCCUGCGCUCCUUGGUUUGGCUUUUGCCUUAUCCGAGCUUAUUUCUUCUUCCAGACUUCCAGAUCCGAGCUUGGCAGCGGGCGACAGCGAUAGUGGCGACGGCGAUUGUGUUAGCGGGGAUGAUGGGCUAUGGCGGUGAUGGUGGGACUGGAGCAAUUAUGGUGGAGGGGGAUGGUGGAGAUGGCAUUACCAAACAAUGCCUUAAGCUGCUAAAAAACCUCAGCAGCUCAGCGGCUCUGCCCGAAGUUUCAUCGUUCUCAGGCGGCCUAAACCCUUCCAACUACUCCACAGGUCUGCGCAUUUCCAAGCUUUCCGUGCUGCGCUCUGAGCCCAUGACGAUUCCCCGUAUUGCUCGAAACAUGAGCCGCUUCUCUCCACCGACUUUCCAAUGCCUCACGCACGGCGACGAUCAAAUUUCCCGGAUCGUGGCCCGUCAUUUCCAUACCCUGCGAUCUUUGUAUUCAAGUCCCAGCUCUUCGAUAACCUCCUUCCGCACCGCGUCAACACGAUCCCUAAUCUUCUCAAAUUACACGACUUCUGUUCCGGAAACAAAGCUCGAUCCAUCCAAAGCAGUAAUGAGGAUAGUCGAUGAGAUUUCGGGUCUCUCGCUACUCGAAGUCUCCGAUUUGAUAGAAAUUCUGAGUAAGAAAAUGGGUAUUGAUGAGAUGCCUGUAAUGGCGAUGAUGAUGCCUGGAAUGGGUUUUAGUCCUGGAGGUAUGAGGGGGAAGGCACCGGGAGCUAGUGGGCAGGCAGAGGAAAAGGUGGAGAAGACGGUGUUCGAUUUGAAGCUGGAGGCAGGGUUUGAUGCUGGGGCGAAGAUCAAGAUUAUUAAGGAGGUUAGGUCUUUCACUAAUCUUGGACUGAAAGAAGCCAAAGAGUUGGUGGAGAAGGCUCCGGCAGUUUUGAGGAAGGGCGUUAGUAAAGAGGAGGCUGAGAAGAUCAUUGAAACGAUGAAGGGGAUCGGUGCAAAAAUCGUCAUGGAGUGAGCUAGGAAUGUGUUUGAGGAAUGUAAAAUUGGAAUUCAUGUCACAAGUGUAGUGAACUUGAGUAUGGUAUGCCGAACUUUUUUUAUUAAAGAUUCAAGAUUGCUUAGUUCUAUCGCCCCAAAGCUUCAUGAAUGGGUAUUGCUGCCUUAAUCAUGUAAUUUGGUGUAAUGGGUAGAUGGAUGAUAGUAUGAUACACACGUUUUGUUUUCCAUUCCUCAACUACUCCCCUCCCCCUAGUCUGGUGCUCUAUUGCAUUUACGAAAAGUAUGAUGGGUGAUGUGAGCAUAGUGAAUUUGAUCAUCAAAUAGUUUUGUUUGACAAGUAGAUAGAUUUUUCUCUGGAGCUACAACUCAGAAUGCUAAAUCAAAUAAUAAGACAUUAUUUUG